AUGAAGCUCACAACCCAUGCCCUACUGGCCAUUUCUGCCAGUUCAGGCACUCUCGCAUUGACCGUCAGUAGCACCGUUCAGAAUGCCUGCGCUCAGCUGCAAUCGGCAUACCCCAAGGAGCUGCUGAUGCCCAACUCCUCAGACUAUGAGUCUGAGCGAAUUAACUUCUGGGACAUUAGGUCGAACAAGGAGCCGGCCUGCAUCUUCCUCCCCACCACAGCUGACGCAGUCGCUGAAGCCGUUACCAUUUUCCAUAAGGAAAAGGCUCAGUUUGCCAUCCGUGGUGGUGGGCACAUGAAUUACCCCGGCUCGAAUAAUAUUGAUAACGGCGUUCUCGUCGCCCUCAAUGGUCUAAAACAGCUUGACGUCAACCUGAAUAAGUCCACCAUCGAUGUUGGUGCCGGCGCAAAAUGGGUUGACGUGUACACGGCUCUCGCUCCCCAUGGACUCUACACCAUCGGCGGGCGUCUUAAGACUAUUGGCGUCCCGGGUCUGACCCUCAUUGGCGGCGUUGGAUAUUUCCUCAACAAGUAUGGCUUUACUAUGGACAACGUAGUAAGCUACGACGUGGUGCUUGGAAACGGCACACAGGUCGUCGCUAGCAAAACUUCUAACCCGGAUCUGUUCUGGGCACUCAAGGGCGGCGGCAGCAGUUUCGGCCUCGUCACCAAUUUUGAGCUCAAGGCGUAUGACGUCCCGCUCGUGAGCAGCACGUUUCAGAUCUUCGACCAGGAGCACGCCCACGACUUCAUCCGCGCGGCAUGCAAGAUGAUCCUGUCCGAAGAUGGAAGCAGGGGUGCCGGGGCUGUUGUCAACAUCAACUACAAUGCCACGACUAAACGGGCGACACCCCAGGUGUUUGGGCUCGAAGAGACGACAGAAUCCCCGCCACCAAAGUUUUCCGUUUUCAGUGCCAUUCCCGCCGUGAGCCGCACUAAUGCUGUGAUGCCGCCAGUCGAGUGGCACUCGAAGUUGGAGUCACCGAACCAAAUUAUUCAAUUCGGCCAUCACACCAUCAAGCCUGACGCCGAGCAACUCAUCUACAUCUAUGAUCAAUGGAUGGAGACUAUUGACGAGAUCGCCGAUGUCCCUGGAAUCUUCCCCACCUUUAUCUUGAACUUUGCCCCCAAGUCGGCAGUGACAGUUAGCAAGCGCAACGGCAUUGGCAACACAUUUGGUCUGAACGAUGAUCAGUCUUAUAUCUGGUGGCAGUUUACUACGUCUUGGGCAAAUGAGGAGGAUGAUUUGCGCGUCACGGCUUGGCAACAGCACCAUCUCGCGCGGCUGCAUGAGGAUAACCGCGCCAAGGGCCUUGCGACGGAUUUCUUAUACAUGGGAGAUGCCGCAGAAUGGCAAGAUCCGAUCCAGACCUAUGGGAAGAAGAAUAUUCAGAGAAUGCGCAAGGUCAGGGACGCCUAUGACCCGGAUUUGACCUUUACAAAGUUGAACUGGGGUGGCUUCAAGCUGGGAUACUAG